AUGGAGCGUGCAGAGGCGACCGGCCGUGCGGCCCUCGAGCCCGUCAUGCACGGCUGGACUUUCCACCAGUCGCACGACCAGGCCACCGUCCUCUUUCUCGUGGGCCAGGGCGUCUCGUCGCGCGAUCUCGAGGUGACCAUCGGCAGCGAUCACAUCGUUGCCGCGGUCCGCUCGCAACCCGCCAUCAUCAAGGCCCGGCUGUACGGUCGCAUCAACACCGCCACGUCGUCCUGGCGCAUUGGCGACAAGAACCGCUCCCGACUGAAGCGGUCGACGAGCAGGUCCUUGCAAAGACCCGAACGACGCUCUGACAGCCACCAGGCUCACGCUGGCCACAGCAGCGGCAGCAACGGAGACGGCUGUAGCACAAGCAGCACCGACGACCCCGCGGGCCAGGGGUCCGCUACGUCCAGAGGGAUCCAGGGCGUCCUGGACCAGUCGGCCCCAGAGGCGUCUGCGUCCCUGCCACAGCACAGUCCGCGGUCAUCCGGCAGCGAGCGAGGCCUUCGUAGCCCAGCGACGCAGUCCUCGCCGCAGAGCUACGGCAGCAUGGAUGCCUCGCUCGUGUCGCUGCGGUCGGCGUCUAGCUAUGAGGUCCUGCCUCCCGGUUCAAGAUCGAGUCAACCCAGCGCCGCGCCCUCUUCCGGUACCGGAUGGUCCAGUAGCUCCAGCGACGUCGGAUCGAACGAAUCCUCGGCUGGGUAUCUCGCCCAUAGCGCCGUGCUCUCGGAGCCCGACGCCGCAGCUGUGGCUGGCAAUCACUUCGACUAUGCUGGCCGUCGACCACGACGGGUCAGGUCCGACCUCGAGGCGUUCUACACAAGCGGCGAAAGGAGCUUUCCCGCGACAAGCGACCCGGAGUCUUCGGUGGCGAGCCUCGCCAUGACCGGAGCAACCUUCGACAGCGAUGCUGGAGAUUCGCGAGCCGGACGAGCCAGCAGCAUUGGCGUCGACGACGCCUCGAGCGGACCAGAUGCAAGCUCGGGCUCGGGACCGGUGGUCGAAGCGGACAUGACCAUGGGGACGGAUGGCAAAAUCAAGCCUGCCAGUGCUCAGCCGCCGGCGAUGAGACUCGUCACCAUCCACCUCGACAAGAUUGACACGGGCAUCUGGCCUUUGCUCGUCAUCGGGCCAGCUCCCUUGCGUACCGAGAACGCCGACGCAGCGUUCCUUCGACGUGCUGCUGCGUCGCCGCUCCAACACGGCGCGGCGCUGCCGGCAACCGAGAGCCUUAUCGCGACACGUCUACGAAGCGCAGUCCGCGAGAGGGAAGAGAGGCGAACGAGGCAGACAGCAGAGAGAGAGCUGGCCAGGGCUCUGGGCGAAGCCCUCGCCUCUCCGCAGCCGGCACAGGGUACGGAGCGGGGCACUGGCGCCUCUCGCGCGACCGUCAAGGCAUACCUCAACAGCCUCGCUGCAGCGCCAGACGUGCCGCUCGAUGACACGGAUGAUCACGAAAGGCCUGGCGCAGUCAGUCCGAGUACGAGCAGAUUGAGCGUGCUCUCGACGGCCAGCGACGACAGCACCACUGUCCUGGGAUCGCGGCCGAGCGAUCCAACGGCCCUGCCCAAGGCGCAAGGCGGUCGCGAGACCCGGGGUGAUGCGAAUUACUCCUCCCUUGCGACAACAGACUCCGAGGCAGACGAGGUGGAGCGUCUUCAAGAGCUGCAAAUGGAGGCCAAGUACAACAUGGACCCAACCACGCUUUCGCUCAUCGGACUCCAGGUGGCCGACUCGUCGUCAGCACGAUCCGCUGGCCAAGAGCGCCGCCACCUGGGCGCACCGGGGCACGGGGCAGGUGCGCUCCCGGAGGCUUUCGAGUAUUUUGCCCGAGCCUGGCGCGUGGGCGAAAUCGCUCUGGCGACGGAGCGACUGGUCCAAGACUACCUGCCCCUUCUGAGCGCAGCGUCAGUCGCCGAGGAUCUCUCUGCCGUCAAAACCUCGGGGACGCCGCCGAGAGCCCCUGAAAUGGCCACGCAAGGUUCGGCCGAUACCUUCCGCCCUCGUGAUACGGACCAGACGCACUCGCAGCUUUCGAAGGCUUUUGCAGCCAGAUCGACCGUUGAAACGCAGCGGCAACGCCUGAUCGCCUCGCUCGGAGGCUCCAAAGCUCUGGCCAGGCUCUACCUUUCUUACGCCCGCCUUCAGCUGCCUUCGGCCUCGCAGACACGUUCUCUGCUAGCGUUUCCGCUGGGUCAGCUCAACUCGCCCUUUGUCGAUGCUACGGCACCACGGCCGCGCCUCGCGGGUGGCCUGAAGCGCAAGUCCAGUGUCGUUCUCUCGUCGUCGGGCUCAAGUCGUACAUCGUCGGCGCCUCCGUCGCACGGCGGACGCGUGCGUUCAGGAUCUCCACCUUCACUGCGCGGCAGCGUCCCGUCCAUCGACAGCUUCAGGGCUGGUGGCGCUUCGCCCACCUCGUCGCCGGCGGCGAGCCCAAUCCAUCCGUCCGGCCGACACGGCUCUGGAGAGGAUCAGGUCGAGUUCCUCGCCCCUACGGGAGCCUCCGAUGCGGUGGUGCCCGGACCGCUGCAAUUCUUGGAAGAAGCCGUGAGGCUCGACGAGUCUCUUCGAGGCCAGAUCUCCGCGCAGGAAUGGGCUGAAGCCCUUCAGAUCGAUUAUGAAGAGGCGCGACGCAGAAGCCUGGACCGGCGCGGCAUCAAGCAGGCCGAGGAGAUGGGCAGCCUCGCGGGCGAGAGUCAAGGAGGAGAUCUCGUCUUUGAUAGCGAUGGUGAGCUGACUGCGUCGAAAGGGGACGGCCUGCACCGCAGCCAGGUCAGCAAGCAUCGCUCGAAAGCCAGACGGCAAGGUCCCGGGUCCGACGGUGCGACUAGCCUGCUGGGAAGCCUGGGCCAGAUGCUCGGCAGCGGAACGUCUGCGACAGGUUUACGCAGCGGCGCGCACAAGAAGACGAGCAGCCGCAGCAAGGGUGCAAAGGGAUCGCCAGCUUCGUCGCUGAAGUCGGCCGACCUAGAGGGGGGUUCCGGGCGCCGGUCGAGGGGGAACCGCUCUGCUAUGCGGCCAGGUGGUCGCAGCGGAAAGAACGCCGCGGCAGAUCCGGACGCCGGCACAUUGGCGUUUGUGAGCGGCGCCGCUCUCCUCGGCAUGGCGCUGGCGGGAGGUGUGGCGGCCCUGGGAUGGUGGCGGAGGGCCUCUGGAGGACUUUCCUCGUCCGCUUGA